CCAAAGGAGAAGGAGCAGUCUCGCCCGUUCUCUUUCCAACUCGGUUCUCUCCCUUCCUCCCUCCCUCCCUUCCUCCCAGCCCUCAACCCUGUGUGCGCCCUGUGUGACUCGUGUGUCUAAGUAACGUCCCAGCCGUAACACAUAACAUUUUUAACACCUUGCCCUCCCCUGUCUUGUCUUCCAACCUUUUCUCUUCCUCGGGUGCUCCUGGACAUUCGCAGAAGAGAGCGCUGCCGUGCAUUUUGAGCCUGGCGAGAAAGUUUAUUAUUUAUAGCCUCCCAGAAGUUUUUAUUUAUACCAUUCAAGAGGAAGAGAGUUUUGGCCUCUGCGAGCUGCGCCCUUGUCUCGCCCCGGCCCGGCUGGCGGUGAUGGCGACGUGAAGGACGCGGGAACGACACGCGGCACGCCAAGACCUCAUCAUGUCCUCAACCCUCCUGUGGUUCUUCCUGGUGGUGGCGGCGGCGGCGGUGGCGGCGGAGGAGGCGGCGGCGGAGGCGGUGAAGGUGGAGGAGGAGGAAAAAUAUGAUAACUCGACGGUGCUGUCCCCGGCGGAGGAACUUAUAAGGGCCGCGGAGGCUGCUGGGUACGAACUCACGCUGGACCGGCUGGACGAGGCGGUGGCGGCGACGGACGACGAGGUGGAGAAGCUGAUGCCGGCGCCGGUGGCCGAGGCGUUCAUCAGCAUGCGGCGGCGGGACAGCGUGGACGACAUCCGGGAGAAGAUGAUUGGCAUGAUCUUCACGGGGAGGCCGCAGCCCCUGGGGCCCAGACCUCUUCGGAUGCCCCCCCAGCUGCGCCAAGCCCCACCCCCCCACCGCCACCCCAACUCCAACCCACGCCUCCCUCCCCCCCACCCCCAGCCCCCCCGCCGCUCCAGCCAGUUCCCCGCCACCUCACGCCGGAACAACCCCUACCCGAGGUUCCACGUGCAGUACAACCCGCAAGGUGAGGCCAGCAUCCAGACCAACAGAAAGGUGCCGUUGCCGCAAGAGAUCCUGAAGCCGCUGCCCUUCGAGCCCGGCCCCACGAUGGUCAAGUUCCCGCCCCACCACCCCUCCCCGGACCCCGCCCCGCCCCGCCCCAACCAUGGGCCGUCGCCGCCAGGGUUCCCGGGCCCCGUGGAGGACUUCAGCAACACGGUGGGUCCGGACUUCGGGCCCGUCACCUUCACUGAGUUCGGGGGCAACUUCGGCUUCCAGAACAACUUCGAGAGUGACUUCGGUGGGGACUUCAAUCCGGAGAAAGCUCCCCCGAGGCCCCAGCGACCUUCCCCGGGGCAACGGCCUUCACCGGGGGGAGCGAGACACCCGCCCCCAACCCCCUCCAAACGCCCACCCGCCCCACACAGACCCCCGCCCCGCCCAUCCCCACCAAGACCCGCCCCACGCCCACCCUCCCAUCCUCCCUCACGCCCACCUUCCCACCCACCCUCACGCCCACCCCCACGCCCAUCAUCCCGUCCACCAUCCCGCUCACCCUCACGCCCACACCCCUUCAGUAACUCGGAGGGCUGCGUCAAGUACACGGAGGACAUUUGUCUGGACACGGAGAAGUACCCGCACGAGGCCAUCCUGUCGUCCCUGGUGACUGACCCCUCGCGCGCCCGAACCAUGGUGGCGGAGGUCAGGUCACAGAGCGCUGAUGACCUCGUGGACGGCGUGUCGGCGGCGCAGGAGGACAAGUACAAUUUCCAGCACUACUUCGGCAACAGGCGCCAAGGGACGGAGAACCACGCGCACAGGGAUUUCGCGGAGGACGGCGGGUUCCUGUGUCCCUCGGAGGUGAAGUACGCGAGGCCGAAGCGCGCCAGGAACUCCAAGGGCGACUGGAAGUACAUUGUCAACAUGGACAAGUACUCCCAGACGAUACGAAUGGAGAAAUGCCUGAAGCCAGGGGGUGCGUGUAGCUACGUCUCUCACCACUACCGCGCCACGUGUAACCAGGUGUACAACUACCAUCGCUUGCUGUCUUGGGAGGACGGCCGCGGUCUGCACAUGGACAUCUUCAAGGUGCCCACAUGCUGUUCCUGCCACAUCCAGGGCUACGCGUACAUCUUCCCGCCGCUGAACCGCCACCAGAACACCGCUUUCUCCAACGUGCACUCGCAGGUCGUCCCCGGGCCCACGGUGGACCUCGAGGCACCAGGUAGCCGUGAGGGGGAGGUGGAGGAGAGCGAGGAAGCCUUCAGCCCCAUCAACUUCCCCAACGUCGUUCCACCCAAUCCCCGACGCCCCGGCCCCCGACCCCGCCCCAGCCCCCCGCUGCGCCGCCCCACCCCGGGGAACGAGUUAAAAAGUCGGACGCAAGAAGUCGAGAGAGCACAUCCUCCGCACAGCCAGGAGGAGGAGGACAGAGUGAACUACGGCUACCAUCCCAUCAUUGACUUUUUCGACCCCUACACCGACGGCAGAAGAUAGACGACGUGGCUGACUAUAUAGUUAGAUGGAUACUGAGAUGAUUGGAGGUAAAAGUGUGAAGAUAAAGCGUGAAGGAAGGACUAAAAGAAUGGAUUGUGGCUUAGAAAUGUAUAAGGAGUGAAGGAGGAGGAAGUUGGUGUGGUGAUAUGGGAUGGAAGGAAGAGAAGGAAAAGAGUAUGGACGAAAGGAAGGUAGAUAUAAGACACGAAUUCCUUUUCCAUGUUCCCGUUCUUCCUUCCUUUCUUCCCCUGCUCUCUUGGGUCCUGAAUCAGAAAAAUGGAAGGAGCAUGGAAAAGGAAUUCGUGGUGUGAUGGAAGGAAGGGAAGGAAUAUAGGAGAGCCAGAAGUUAUGUGACACGAAUUCCUGUUCCAUAUUCCUCCUUCCGUCCUUCCAUUCUUCCUUACCGCCUUUGGUCCUGCAUCAGAUGUUUAUGAAUCCCUACAAAUUUUAGUGUAUUUAUUUAUUUUCAUAUUGUAUCUGAGGCACUUUAAACUUUUCCGACAUUAUCGUGAGGAAGGAUUUAUUUAUUCAUAUGUAUAUUGUUGACGGCAAGCUUUUUUGUGUUGUUACCGACUUGUUACUCUCCUUCUGAGCCUGUUUGUUCCUUGUACACACGCGGAGGAGUAUGUUACUUGUGAAUAAAAGUCUGCCGGACCGUUACUAGACCUUAUAAUAUACUUAACCCUCCUCUUGAAGCGUUGUUACCCUUGAAAAUGAUGAACUGGAGCAAGAGAAAACGUAGCAGCCAGGGGCAAUAUUCCUAACCAUUUCUUCGCCCUAGCUAACGUAUUUGACAUGGCUCUCGUAGGAGUUUUUGGUAUUUCCAGGGGUAGUUUUAUGAUCCUUUAGGUAGUUUGACCCUUCUUCUGUACCAUUAACCUAAGACAUACACACUUGAAAAGGCUUUCAUAGGAAUUUUGAGUAUUUCCAGGAGUAGCUUAAUGACCCUUUAGGUAGUUUGACCCUUCUUCUGUAUCAUGAACCUAAGAAACACACAUUUGACAAGGCUUUCGAAGGAGUUUGGGGCAUUUCCAGGGGUAGUUUUAUGACCCUUCUGGUAGUUUGACCCUUCUUCUGUACCAUGAACCUACAAAAAAACACAUGAGAACCCGACUGAUCUCCUAUGCGGCCAUUGAAAAUGGUUGAUGUGAGGGGUGGAAUAUAUUCAGAUCAAGGCCACACUGCGAGACACCGAGAGGCUUUGCGGUGUCUCGAACUGUGUUAUGGGACCAGAAUUGGCUCGAGCAGCGGAGUGAGUGAUUCGAAGCCUUGUUGCAGUGAGGGCGGGGCCGGGAACGCAGUCUUGAGCUUCACGUCGGAGAAGGAGCAGCCAUGAGCACCGAGGGAAGGAAGAGCCCUGGUAAGUCGGACCCGAAAGUUCCUCCUAUGGGUUGGAGCGAGGAGAGUGAGGGCAGCGGUGUCUCCCCCACCGAUUCUGUCCAAGUCUCCACCGCAGCCGCCGCCAACGCCGUCUCCGUCAUUCCCAUCACCGGAGCGUCACCUGCCGUCUCCCGGAGACCUCGCUCAGCCUCGCUGCCCGGCUCGUCUCCUCUCCCCAAAGACCACCCCGCCAAGAUGGCUUCCGUGGUGGUGGUCGCCGAGUCUACCUUGCGGAAAGCUGUCCCGAACCUCCGGUCUGCUCAGGUUCGGUCUGCCCCGUCCUCGCCUCAUGACAGGUCGAUCCUGGAAGCUGAGCCACCCCAGGGCGUCUCCUCGUUCAAGUACUUGCCAGGAAACCCUUUUCCGAGGCUGUACCCUUCCGGCAGCACCUCGCCCUUGAUAAUGUAUCCCCGGGGCAAAUCAAGCUGGGACUAGACCCGUUCAGGUCCGUGUAAUGCCCAGCGAGGCAGCCCAAACAAGCGGCGUGGCACGCUGCUGGGGUAACGGCUACCUUGCUGUGACGGGGCUCAAGAGUGCCAGCCAGGUCUUGGGUGUUUUAAAGUUUGAUUUCUGCGAAAGGUGAUCGGUGCCUGAAUUUUGUUCUGUCGGUCCGAUGACCCACAGCUUGACACGUGACCAGGAGUCUAGUGUUUUCUUUUAUUGUCUAAAGUGUCCACAAAACAAUGUCAUGGGAAUGAUUGUUGUGUACUUUACAUGAAUAAAGAUGAUACACGAUG